AUGAGGGCCUUGCUUGCCGUCGUAGCCCUAAUUGGGUUUGUCGUUGGCCAGGAUCAGAAUUUCCAUCUAAGCAUCUGCUCUAACCCACCGAAGACGCCACCAAAGGCUCUCAGUGAUAAAAUCGCUUUGCCAGAAUCUUACAAGGUGCUCAAAAAAUGCUAUCCGGACAGAGUGAACUGUGAUUGUUCAGGUUUCUGGAUCAGUCACUGAUUGGAUGAAAUCAAGCACGUCGCUUCUCGUGGAAAGUGCCACGAAAGAGUAUCGCGUGCUUCAAAAACAGACGCGAGACGAGAUGCCCCAACGCUGGAUUGAACGACUUACUGGUGCGAAGCAAACAACAUCAGUUAACCUAAACAGUGAGUUGAAACCAAAUUUUCAAAUUCCUCAAUCAGCUUUCAGCUGGAGAGUGCAUUGCUGAUGCUCCUGACCCAAACGUCUUCAACAUCUCCCGCUUUGACAGCAUCAUUGGCUCUGACAUGUCAUCACUGUACAGCAUUAUUCAAGGACUCAUUGCAUUCAACAAGAAUCACACCGGAUUCUUGGUAGAAGAUUAUGUCGAAGUGGUUGGAGGAGUUAACUCUAUGAAAUGGGUUUCCUGUAUCAAUGGAACUACUACUAAUGAUACAAAAGUGGUUCUCGAAGUUCGAUAUGCUGGAGAAGCGACUAUCCGCCCGGCACUGUCGGAAUUUUCCAAUCCGCUGCUUCUCUCGAUCCGUCUCGCAGAACUCCCCGAUUUUAACUCAACGGUCGCUCUUAAUCACGUUUCUAUCGAGUUGGAUCGUUACGAACUGCCAACUGGUGACGAAGCAGCCAUUUCUCAUGGCGUUUACUGUCAGAAUCUCAACAGCACCGAUCUUCCAUUGAAACCUUUGGAUGAGUACGCCGCUGUUCUGAACUACUACGAUUACUCGUCAAAUCGUUCUGAAGUUGUGGAAAUCCUCUAUUCCAAGUCGCGGCAAAUGUUCAUUGUUACUGGAGAUUCUUUGGAUUACGGCUUGCAGCUUCUCCGCCCGGACAAACGUUAUGAAAAAGGCACCGACUAUGUUCUUCACGAUUUCAAAUACGGAUACGAGUUCACAAUGAGUCGCGAAGCAUGUAUGGGCUUUUCGGCACUGGACAAUAGCACUCGCGAUGUUGCACGCCUAAACGACACUACUCUUUCUAUGCAGCCGAUGCAAUCAAUUCUCGUGGAUCCCUCUCUUCGAUGGGUUGAGUAUCAAAAGGAUGUGGACGUGAAUGGAAAAUCGUUCAAAACAUAUCGUGCGUUCAGCACGAAAACGAACGAUGAAAUUGUCGAGCUACAAUUGACCGACGACGGAGAACUUCAUUCGAUGGCCAAAUUCCAGCCAGGCUCUCGUCGUUUGACACUGUCCUUAAGCGUGUCAAAAAUGUCGGUCGAGUCUUCCCGGCUCAAUCGUAGAGCAGCACAGUUUUCCGAUUGCUAUGACGAUGGGAAGUUUGCUAACAACACUUGGAUUGUGCAGAUCAGAGACAGUAAGCUUUAUAGAGAGUAUUAGUAUCCGAUCGUUCUUGUUUCCAGAAAACACAACGGAUCUCCGAAAAGUUGGAUUGAAUCGCCUGAACGAAGCUGUUGCUGAUUCCAUCUCAAAGAACGUUCAUCCAAUAAUUCCGUACCGUGUUGUUGUCUAUUGGGUAGAAAACAAGGAUAACGGACUAUCCAUUAUUCUGCGAAUCGCCGAGAAGACCGUAAAACCGCCGGCAAAUGUAGGCUACAACUACACUACUGAGCUUUCUACUGCCGAUUUGUACAAGUUGCUAAAUUACACAAUUCUUCUCGACAAGAUGCCGAUUGUCGUCGAAAAGGUUGACGGUGUGAAAGAGGUGAAACUAUUGCUUACAUUUGGUUGUGGACGCGAGAAGCUUUCAGGAAUGGAUGGUUGAUGGAAGCACUAUGAAGAUGUAUCCUCCCGAUAAUGAUUCUGGCUUCGUCGGUUACACGGGCGGUGCCAUGUUCGUUCUCGCCAUAUUCUGUCUGCUCAUUGGAAUUUCAAUCGGAGCUGUCGGUGUCUUUGUUGCUACCAGACGUCAGCGCAUUUCAACUCUGGCUUAUCAAGUGUUCGAGUAA